CCACCGCCACGUUCCCCACAGCGAACCCGAUGCUCCCCACCUCCGCCGCCACCGCCGCCGCCGCUCCCGCUAGCCGCCCCCACCGGCACUGCUGCCCCGCCCCCCUCGCCGCUGCGGCCCCGCUGCCUCGGCCGCCGCCGCCGCCGCCCUCCUCCUCGCAUCCUCCGCCUGGCUCUCCCUCGUUUUCUCCUCCCUCUCCCCGCUCCCCUGGCACCAACUACGCUCCUGGGACUCCUCCUCCUCCGCCGCUGCCCCCCCUCUCCUCCCCCCACCUUCCCACCACCCCCUCCCGACGGCUCCACUACCCGCCUCUCCUCCCCCGAUUCUUCCUCCCCGGAUGACAACUCCGCCGCGUCGCUCUCCCUCCGCCACGUCGUCUUCGGCAUCGCCGGCUCCGCCCAGCUCUGGCCGCGCCGCCGCGAGUUCCUCCGCCUGUGGUGGCGCCCGGGGGCCAUGCGCGGCCACGUCUGGCUUGACGACCACGUCCCCCGCGCCCGGAACGCUUCCCUCGCCCGCGCCCUCCCCCCGAUCCGCGUCUCCGAGGACAUCUCCCGCUUCCGCUACACCAACCCCACCGGCCAUCCCUCAGGGCUCCGCAUCUCCCGCAUCGUUGCCGAGAGCUUCCGCCUCGGCCACCGCGGAGCCCGCUGGUUCGUGCUUGUCGACGACGACACCAUCCUCUGCCCCGACAACCUCGUCGCAGUGCUCGGCAAGUACGACUGGACCGAGAUGGUUUACAUCGGGGCCCCGUCGGAGAGCCACUCCGCCAACACUUACUUCAGCCAUUCGAUGGCCUUCGGCGGUGGGGGGAUCGCCAUCAGCUACCCGCUCGCUAAGGCCCUUAGUAGGAUGCAGGACGAGUGCCUUGAGAGGUACCCCAGGCUUUAUGGCAGCGACGACCGCCUCCACGCAUGCAUCUCGGAACUCGGUGUCCCCCUUACCCGGGAGUAUGGCUUCCACCAGUGGGAUAUUAGGGGGAACCCUCAUGGCCUUUUGGCCGCUCACCCAAUUGCUCUUUUUAUCUCAAUACACCAUGUUGAAGCCGUGGAUCCUAUUUUCCCUGGUUUAAGCUUACUCGAAAGCCUAAAGCUUUUUACCAAGGCUAUGAAGACUGAUCCUCGGAGUUUCUUGCAGCAUGCUAUUUCUUAUGAUAGAAGGAAAAAGCUUACAUUCUCCGUGUCACUGGGAUAUGUUGUUCAAGUGUUCCCUAACAUUAUUCUCCCACGGGAGUUGGAACGUUCCGAGCAAACAUACAUUGCUUGGAACAGGCGAGGUAAUAGGAACGAGUUUGAUUUUGAUACAAGAGAUGUUUACAGGUCGGUGUGCAAGAAGCCAAUUCUGUUUUUCUUGAAAGAUAUUCGGAAGGAUGGAAACAUAACUGUCGGUUCUUAUAUACGAGCUCAGGCAAGAGAUGACCUUAAAAGGAAAGUUUUUUGCUUUCCUCGAUCACCACCUCUGCCUUACGUGGAUGAAAUUCAAGUACUGGGGAACCCGUUGAGGCAAAAUUGGCAUUUGGUGCCUCGGCGGCUCUGCUGUAAAGUAGCUCAAACAAGUAAUGCGACUCUCACGAUAAUUGCUAGACAAUGUGAACGAGGAACUUUUGGGUCAGCUGCUGAUUCUUUAUGACAACUGAGGGAGAAGUGGCAUGGGCAUCAUCUCUCCAAACAUGACAGCAUGAACAUGAAGUUUUUUAUGAACAGAAGGCUCAUUGUUCAUAUGUGCUUCGACUAUUCCAUAUUAUAUUUGAACCUGGCCUCUGAGAGAUUUGAGCACUCAGCAGUUUGGAGGCAAUGCUUACAAAAUUUAUUUAAUAUUCGAGGUAGUUCCUAAUUUUCUAGGUAUACGGUUGAUUGAGGAACUCAUAUUCCUUUUGUUAUGCAUGAGACAUUAUUCUUUGCCUUCAAAUUUUGUUCAGAAGGCAUUCCAUCAUAAUCUGAUUAUGAAAUCAAUGAGUAGUCACAUAGUUAUAGCCUGUUUCUCUUGUUGAUAUGAUCAAUGUCCUGAUGCUUCACUAUUUUUAUAUUAAAGUUCUCCUAUGAUGGUCCCUAGAUGCUUACAAUUACUUAUAUCUCCAUUUCUCCUAUGUAUGAUGCUCAUGAUAGAUUGGAUCAUAAAUGAUGCGGUUUGACUCAUCAUGGAGAUAUGAAUCAUGAAACUAUAAAUGUUAACAAGAUCAAGAAUGAAGUUUUAAAGCAAAAGAGCUAAUGUUUCAGGUAUUUCCAAUAUGCAAUAUCUAUCAUGCAUAU